CGUGAUUGGCAAAGACAUUAUUCUAUCCUUGGUACCCUGCCGUUCCGGGAUUACAGUGACGUCACGCUGAUACCCUUGCAUGGAUGAAUGCUAAAGAACUAUAGAGCCACAAAUAAUAGCACAAGCAGAGUCCAUAUCUUGCAAGUCUUACGUUAUCCUUUAAGCCUCCUUCAGCGAACACAACAACAAUUUUUUUUUGCACUUAAUGACGCUUAAUUUCAUUUCUUAUCGGGUCCUUUGGGGGGGAUUAUUCAUUCAUAUAAAACAAUCUGCAGCUGGUACCAUCCUAAAGUCUCCCUCCAAUGAGUGAAGUCAUCUAUUAUUGAGCGAAAGGCCGUGCGUGGAAAUGUGUGUAAGACGGUGGAUUUGAAGUUGAAUUGGUUGCAAUCGAUCAAGGGUGAAGAAUAUUGCUGAUGGUAACAAAAGAAGCAGCUAUGUCUUUCUCGCAAUUUGGAUACCCCUACAAUGCAACUUCACAGUUUUUCGUGUCGGCAAACCCCAGUACGACUUGCUGCGAUUCGAUUUCCAGGUCGGUCUCUGACGGGACAGGCGGCACCCAGACCGCCGCUGCCGCCGCAGCCGCUGCUGCCUCCUUCUGCUGCCCGUCCUAUGAGAACCGGCUCCUGGCGAGCAGCCGGACGGAGCUGAACGCAGCACUGGGGAUGUACAGCUCUCCAUACGCCGCAGCGGCUGCCGCCAGCCAAAACUACGCCAACUACUUCCCCUACAGCACCGACCCAUCCGCUAUCUACUCCACUCUGAAUCCACAGUAUGACAUUAAGGACAGCACAGGCACUUUACACUCUGGCAUCACUCAAACCGCUGCAUACUAUCCUUAUGACCAUUCACUUGGACAGUAUCAAUAUGACAGAUACGGGACAGUGGACUUUAAUGGCACAGCCAGAAGAAAGAACGCGACUCGUGAAACCACCAGCACUCUGAAAACAUGGUUGUAUGAGCAUCGCAAGAACCCGUACCCCACCAAGGGAGAGAAGAUCAUGCUGGCCAUCAUCACCAAAAUGACCCUCACCCAGGUGUCCACCUGGUUCGCCAACGCCAGGAGGAGGCUAAAGAAGGAGAACAAGAUGACCUGGUCACCAAAGAAUAAGGCCACCGAUGACAGGAAGGACGACUUCAACAAGAGCGAGCAAGACUGUGUCACCAAAGAUUCUAGUGAUUGCAAGGAGGAGAAGGAUCUGCAUCUGAGUGAUCUGGAUGACAUGGACGACGACGACUGUGACAAGCUGGACAGUGACUGUGAAAAGGUGGCUGCCGAUGAGCACGACCUCCAGAGGAUCAUGGCAGUAUCUGGAGCCCCUCAAAAGAGAGACUGCAGCUCCGAGCUGCACCUGAGUUUAACUAACAGCUUCCACGCGUUCCCCUGCGCCAUCAAAAGUGUCUCCACCAUCCCUCCUCUCCCGUCUGACUUCCUGGAUCCUGUGUUGUCCAAGGCACCUUCCUCGACCGGCCCCGCGGGGACAGUGUCCCUGUCUCACUUUGAAGCAUCAGAUAAGCCUCGGAUUUGGUCUCUGGCACGUACGGCGGCUUCGGGGGUCAUACUGAGCCCUCAGCAGCAUGGCUCGGAGCUGAGGACAGGCAACACAACCGGGGACUGCCAGCUCCAGAGCGCCAGGCUUACCGGGGCUCUUACUGGACAGUGUGGGGCCAUGAGAGGCCUCCAUGAAUCGAGCAGUGCCACCAAUACUGAGAGCCCCUUCUCUGAGGGCUCAUCCUUGCACUCAAAAGUCUAUGGCAAUGGCAGCUACAGUCACAAGGACAUCCAACUGCACUGUUCAUCCUAUGCUGCACUCCCAGACACAUGUCAGUACUCCACUAUUGAAGGAUUCUCUGGUGGCAAAGCAGAGACACAGUCAUCUGACCUGAGCGAAGCCUGCGGGACCGUGCAGGAUGACAAGGUCACUGCGUUCAGACCGGUGAUGAAGAGGUGAAGCAGAUUGGUGUAACCUGUACCACAAUAAAUAAUGGGACAUUUCUUAUGCACUAAAGGACACACUGGCCGAGUCCUCAAUAUGACACUUGGGAGCUACCUGGCGCUGCUGCAGUGAGAAGCUGUCAAACUGUGGACGUGUCUAUCAUUUUGCACAACUUUGUUUUUAUGGUGUAAAAGACUAUAUGCAAAAAAAAUUCUAGAUGCGAAAGUAUGAGAAUGGCCAAAUGAAAACGGCCGGUUUUGUGUAUGGCAAUCGUGUAGUGUAGCAAACCUAUUUAUUUCUCUAUGUAUUUAUUAUUUUGUUAUCCUGUUUGUUUCUUAUCGGAUGUGUUUAUUGGUUGAAUUCGUAUCUCCUCUGAGUAUUUUGUUACAUGUUGCGUUUUACUGUGGCUUCGUGUCAUUUUGCCUGAUGUAAAAGAAAAAAAAAGAAGCUUGUCGGACAUAAAGUUGACCCUAAAAGGACCGGAUCCCCCUGUGUUGCGCGUGGACCUGGAGGAUUUUUGUCUUUGUGUUUAAAAUGUGAGCUUGUUCUGUGUUUGCCUAUCACGGCUUUCUUUUUUUUUUUCUAAGAAUACAUUUUUUUUUUUUCUUUCUAAGAGCUUUCCUUGUCUGUGUCAUGGUUAUUCAUUUUAGAUUUUAGAGCUCAACGUCCUGUCGGCCAAUUAAAACAUUUGCGGAUGUGCAUUUGAUCAAAGUUUAUCAUCUUGACUCGACAGCGUAAAGCCGCAGCGCUGAUGGAAGGUCAUAAUUCAGAGGAGGACGUGAGUGAAAUCCACAAGUUGCGGAAGAAAGGGGACAUCAUCCCUCUAUUGUCAGCAUCUAAUCAGAAGUGGCAUCGAACACUUUGUUACUGUUCAGGCCGAGCGACGAGGCAGGGACAUAGGAUGAAUGCUGCUUUGUCCCCUGUGUAGCGAGCCGCUGCACUAACUUAACAUUGUGUUAAUUAAAAGGUCAUUUGUAGGAUCAAACCCAGGCAGAGGAAUUCACAUGGUCCAUCAAAGUCCGUUUGAUUUGGCUGUUUUGCCUAUACAGUCCAUCUCGUUAUCGGAUAACUUUUGAGACUCUCCUACACACAGCUCUGUAAUAAGAUGAUCACUGUAGUGUGUGAUGCGCGCUGACGGCUAUGAACAACUUUUUCAUCCUCACAUUUCAAACUUUGAAAAUCAAACAGUUUUGUAGCAAACGACAAACGAGUGCUGUGUAAACCAAAUGCGGCUGGGAUGUGGAUUUUGACGCACCAUCCUACUGCACAAUCUACAAAAAAAAAAAAAGACUAGUGACAAGACUAGGCUAUGUGAAACGUGUUUUACUUUAAUUAUGUAAAAUAGGUCACUUGUGACUUUUUUUUUAAACAACUUGUCUGCCUAAAGAUAAAAGGAAAAAGCUGUU